UCUGACGAUGGCGGAACAACCGCCGUGGGAAGACCUGCCACCGCUGUGCUGGGAGGCUGUCCUCCGUUCUUUGUCCUCCAAUGCAGACCUCCAGUCUUUCUCCUCCGUCUGCAAGCGACUCCUAGACAUCUCCAACGCCUUCCGCACCUCCCUCGCUAUCCCCAACCAAUUGACCCCGUACCUCGACUCCCUCCUCUCGCGGCGCGUCACAUCCCUCAAGUCCAUCAACCUCAGCCCGUUUUGUGGCAAUCCGUCCUCCGUCCUCCGCCAGAUCGCGCAGUUCCCAUUGCCCCUCGAGCGCCUCGACCUCUCGAACCAGGAGUCCCUCCGCUUCGAUGGGUUGCGCCAGAUGGGGUCCAAGUUCGGGGCUUUGAGGGUCUUGGUGCUGUCCAAGAUUCGGCUUUUGGGGGAUGACGACUUGGUUUCGAUCGCGGGGCACUUUCCCUUGCUCGAAGAGCUCGACAUCAGCUAUCCGAGGCGGAGUCGUAAAGCUCGGGUCACGGAUGACGGUAUCUCGGUCCUGUCUCAGACGCUGCAGAGGCUGUCGCGAAUCGACAUUUCGGGUAAUCAGUCUGUCUCUGACCAGUCUCUUGUCGUUGUGGCAGUGAAUUGCCCGUGUCUGAGGGAAAUUUGGUUUAGGGAUUGUGGCUUAAUUACUGGGAGAGGUAUUGCUUCGUUGAUAAAGAAGAGGCCUCAAUUGGUCUCCUUGGCCCUGAUUGAUAUGGAGGAGGAGACGAUUUUUUGUGAGGAGUUGGUGGAUUCCUUUCGUCAUGCGGAGGGUUUGAGUCAUCUGGAUUUCUCGGGCUCGUUUAUCUGGGAUGAGUUGCUGAUGUCUGUCGCGAAGGCAAAUAUUCCACUAGAGUGCCUUGAUCUUUCGGAUGCUUCGGGGUUUUCGUUCAAUGGGAUUCGGAAGAUCGUGCUAAAGCACCGGGGCAUCAAGGUCUUAGAUUUGGAGGGAGCACGUUUCCUCACGGAUGGCGACAUGAGCGUGGUUUGUAAAGAUCUUGGCAGUCUAACCUCCAUUAACGUCAGUCGCUGCAUCAAUCUCACAAAGACGACAUUGUAUAACCUCACAAGACAAUGUCCCCUCCUGAAGAGAAUCUUUAUGGAGAGGACGAACCUAAGGAAGGAUGAUGCUAAUGAGACUGAUAUCGUGGUGAAUUCUCAAGUGAGGUCUCUUAUCAUACCUAGUAAUGAGAAUUUGACCGACGAAUGCCUCAAGAAGAUCGGGCGUAUGUGCCCCAACUUGUGGUAUCUUGAUGUGGGCGUUUGUUUGAAGAUAACUGGGGACGGCAUUUCGGGUGUGCUGAAGAGAUGCCCUGAAAUCAAGCAUUUGGACAUGCGUGGUUUAAAAAACAUAGGGAGUCUAAGCAUCGACUUUGAACUCCCACAGUUAGAGGGCUUGCAAGCAGGUGGCUUGAAACUCAAUGACGAGCAACUAGCGGCAUUUAUAAGUAGAUGUUGCCAUCUCGAGCAUCUCGACUUACAGAAGUGUGUGCAUCUGUCGACCAAAGGGGUGGAAAUGGUGGUGAAGAAUUGCAAGACAUUGAGGAAGAUAAACUUGGGGAGCUGCCAUAAUGUACGUGAUGAUGUCCCAUUUCUAGAUUGGAUGGUGUCUGUGAGGCCAUCGUUGAGGAGAAUAGUCCCACCUUGCGGAUUAAUUUCAUCCGAAAUCCAAGACCUCUUCUUGCAGCGUGGCUGUCUUGUCCGUGAUGACUGAAAUCCAAGACUUUGAAAGGAACAAUCGAUGAGGUAAUUGUCUGCGAAGAUGACAAAUC